AUGGAAGAAGAUGCUAAAAACUUUGCAAGGAAAUGCCAAUCCGGCCAGAAGUUUGGGAACUUAAUACAUGCGUCGGUGGUUAAACAGCACAACAUCAAGACCCCUUACCCGUUUCAUACUUGGGCAUUUGACCUCGUAGGCCUUAUAGUGCAACAAUCCAAAGGCCAUAGAUGGAUACUUGCAGCGACUGAAGUUAGUACCAAGUGGGUAGAGGCUAUACUGAUGAGGAAGGUAGAUGGGGCAGGAGUGGCCAACAUUAUCAAGGAAAACAUAAUCUGUAGGUUUGGCAUACCCAAAGUAAUGUUAUCUGACAAUGUAACUCCCUUUGUAAAUCGCCAUGUAGGAAGACUGCUGGACACUUACCAAAUCAAGCACCACAAGUCUACCUUGUACUACCCGCAAGGGAACGGACAAGUUGAGGCAACCAACAAAACUCUCAUUCGAAUAUUGAGUAAAAUGAUGGAUGAAGCAGGGGGCACAUGGUCUGAAUAA